AUGUCGCGUACUUGCAAUGAGAGACCGGUAGGCGAGAACGGUAGGAACAACAAGAACAGGGAGAACGGUAGGGACGGCAAGAACAGGAAGAACGCUAGGGACGGCAAGAAUAACGCUAGGAACAGCAACGACAGCAAGAACGCUAGGAACAACAAGAACGCUAGAAACAGCAAGAACAGGAACAACGCUAGGAACGACAAGAACUCUAGGAACAGCAAGAACAGCAAGAACAGCAAGAACAGCAAGAACGCUAGGAACGACAAGAAUGCUAGGAACAGCAAGAACAGGAAGAACGCUAGAAACGACAAGAACGCUAGGAACGACAAGAACGCUAGGAACGACAAGAACAGGAAGAACGCUAGGAACGACAAGAACGCUAGGAACAGCAAGGACAGGAAGAACGCUAGGAACGACAAGAACGCUAGGAACAGCAAGAACAGGAAGAACGCUAGGAACGACAAGAAUGCUAGGAACAGCAAGAACAGCAAGAACGCUAGGAACGACAAGAACGCUAGGAACGACAAGAACGCUAGGAACGACAAGAAUGCCUGGAACGACAAGAACGCUAGGAACGACAAGAACGCUAGGGACUGCAACAACGGUUACAACGCUAGGAACAGCAAGAACGCUAGGAACCAGCAGCCCUCGCAGGCCCUAGCGCUCAUGCUAGCAAAACGCCUAAUGUAAACAAAGCAAGCCUGAAACGUAUUGCAUAACAUAACAUGUAGAACGAAUAAUUAUGACGUGGGGACUCUUACAUGAAACUUCAGCCUAAAUUUACAUACAACCAAUUACAAGAUCUGGUGAGUCACUUCGAUUGAUUGAUCUUGAUUGGUAUUGAUUGAUACUGAUCGAUACUGAUUGAUAUUGAUUGAUAUUGAUUGAUGAUGAAUUUAUAAUAAGUUCAAAGUUUUGAAGGUUAUCCCCUCUUGUUUUUCUCGAAUACUGACUUUCUAGAUGGAAAUUCCAUUCCGAGUUUGUUUCCUACUUUAUAGUAGUGUGCGACUUCAAUGCCGCGGUGUGAAUUUCAGCUCAAGAAUGAGAGCAAAGCAAUUUGAUAAACUGUAAUUUCGACUUUAAAAACACCUCCUGCCGGGUCGCAAUAAGCUUUCACGAUGCUUGUGAAAGACGUGAUAAUGCAGUUUAAGCCAGUGUUCCACUUCAAUCGUAUAUCGUACCGGCACGUAGCGUUUUACAGCGUAAGUUACAACAUAUUACAACGAAAAUUUUGCAGAAUAACACCAAACCAAUAAGCUAGAGAGAUGAUCCUUCCUGGACCUCUAACCUGGCUUCCAUAUGGUUGGAACUGUCUUGACACUGUCGUGCACUGUCGCAAGUUAAUUUCUUACCCAGUGAUCGUACAAGUAGCUGGCGACAGUUUUAAAACGAGGACCUUUGUCCCCCACUGCUCUGAUUGUCUCCAAACUAUUGCCACGCUGUCGUUUUCCUGUUCCAUUAAAAAAUAAUCGUCACGACGCGUUUUUAGCCUGUCGCAAUGGAAACCAAUCUAAGAAGAACAGUGAAGUUUUAAUGAGUUUUGCAUAUCAUUUGGAUUUUGUAGAAGACAGUUUCAAUUUUGAACUUUCCAUAAAUGUAAGAUUUGUUUAAAUUCCGUGAGGUUGUGGCAUCUAUACCUGCUCGCUACGUCAUGUUACCGGUAACUUUGGUGUGUUAAGCAAUAAAUAUAAAUUGGUAAAUAUAAAACAAAUGAGGACGGCCAGAAACUAAUAAAAUUCUUCAAUUAUAAUUUAUCACGUAUAUUAGGAAUAUGAUUACAGUUAUCCGCCCUGCAAUAGCAAAGGAAUAUUGAUUCAUAUUCUAAUAUUAAUCUCUUUUAAGUAUUAAUUAAUACCACGCAGGCAAUUUUAUUAAGAGUAUUUUGCAUGUGAUAUAAGAUUGCAAACGAACGGAGAAAGCAUUCGUAUUCGCAUAGAACUUUCUUUAAAACUUAAAUGACGAAAUUAAUUAUUAUAUUAUAGCAGCCGUGAAUUGUCCCAAAAUUGAAUUGAUACAAUAAUUUUAAUAUGUUACUACCGGCCUGGGGUUUAUAAAAAAUUAAUGGUUGAUCGAACCGCAAAACGCAGGGGUAAUCCCUCAUCACAAAUUGCUGUCGACAUGCUUCAAUGCGAACUCAGUAUGUUUAUAUGUUAGGGUUUAAAUGAUAUCACGUCAUAACACUGUGGAAAAACUAAAAAGUUGACUUUGAAUAUCGUUGUUUUCAUGGGAAAUUAUAAAAUUAUAUUAAAAAUUCUUGUGACGGUCUUUUCAUUGGCUGUAUUUUCAAAAGGUAGGGAAGUACACUUAGAAUUAAAAUUUCAACACGCAAACAUAUUUUUAUUAUUUUCAAUAAUAGAUACGGUAUCUUAGUAAUAAUAAGGUUGCAUAGUUUUGGUGUCUGAACUUCUUGAAAAAACUAGAUGAAAAACGCUUAUUUUACGAGCAAGGCAAUCCGUUAAGGCUGAUUUGUACUAUCAAAGUUAAAUUCUUAAUUUUGAAGGAUUUGUAAGAAAUGUUUGAGGUCUUUGCGCCCUUUGAGGUAUUGACUCAGUGUGUGUUGACAAGUCUGGAACAAGUUGUUAUCAUCUAGCAACACGGUUGACAAGGCCAACAGACUCGCAACAAGUUGUUCCAAUAUUUCUGGUAUCGUGCCUCCACGUAACACGUUGUUAACAAAUCGAUGACAACGUAGCAACUUGUGACUAACAGCCUGUAUGUCUUGUUGGAAGAACUUUUGUAGCAAGUCUGUUGCCGUCAUCCAACUUGUAACAAGUCAAUAACAACUUGUUCCAGCCUUGUUGCAGCAACUGGGAUUGUGCAAUGCGAAUACAUCCUUAACAACAACCUUGUUAUAACUGGUGGGCAGGUCUGUAGCAACUUGCACCGUUUUUACGUGCGUAUAAAGACAUCCCAACUUUUAAUGUUUUGAUUUAGUUUGUGUUGACGCAGGUAGAGGGCACAAAGCUCGCUUGAUUCGUGACUUGUUGCAAGAUUACGAUCCUGAUGCAAGGCCAGUGAAAAAUGCUUCAGAUCCACUAACUGUGAGAUUGUCUAUGACUUACAACCAGCUACAGGAUUUGGUAAUUAAAUAUGGAUUUUAAUCUGCGAACGAAAAAUUAAGUUACUGCCUCUAUAUAGUCUGUCAAGAUAUGAUAGUUUGGAAACCCGACAAAUUUCAAAGCUACAAGAUAGAAGGCCUUUGCUUGAUGUUGAACUGUACCUCAUGCGUCAGGCGUGCACAAAUCCUUUGUCUCAAUUUCAUUAAACAUUAUUCAUCGUGGUUGCAAGAUCUCAACUCAUUGGACCAUUACCUCAUUGUACAAACUAACAUGAACUCAGACAAAAACAUAACAGAAUGAUUUCAGUUCAGUUUCUAGACUAUUAUAUCUUGAUAGACUAUGCUGCGCCUUUUGCGUUCGGAAUUUUUAAACCUUGGGCUGGGAAGGUAGCGCUGGGAAAACUAGGGCUGAAUACUAUCAUGGGAACAGUUAAUGUUUCCUGCUCAUCUUUCCAAAAGUACACUCUCCCUGCCUAGGCAAACUUGUUGUGAAAGUAGCGGAAUCUUUAGGUUUUAAGUUCUUUUCAAAGAACUAUUAAUCAGGCAAGCACUUAAAAUUGGCUCGUCCUGUUGCCUACUGUAUAUGUAAUUCUUCUUUCUUUGUUUUUGUAUUUUUAAUGUUUAUCUGUACAGUAUACUCUCUCCAAAUCACGCCCCUCAUGGAAAUCAGCUAGCUCCGAGUUAUUGAGGCCAGCGCGUGCUUAAAUAAAUUUUUGUAUGUAUGUAUGUCUGUAUGUAUAAAUACUACAGCCAUGCGUGUUUCUCGAAGGUGCGUCAACCACGAAACAUUGUUCCCGAAACAAUAUUUGUUUAUCUCGGUUUUAAUAGUGUUCAAAACAUUCCUUGGUUUAGGACGAGCCGACUCAAGUAGCAAGAUCGCUCGUAUGGAUCAAUACGGUAAGAUAAUUUUUCGUUUUAUUUUUCUUUGUUUAAACUUAAUAUUUUAAAAUUUGAGUAAUAUGUUUCGUGCAAGAUUCUAUUACUGCAAGGCUCAUCUUAUAGAGAGCUUAUGUGUAAAACAAUUCCGUGUAGUAAUUGGAUCAUAAUGGCUAUGUUCCCUGCUAAUGAGUACCUUAAUUAAAGCCAAGUAAAAGUUAAUGAUUUCACGGGAAGCAAGACAGUGUUAUAUCAGACACAAACUUCUUUCUUUGCAUGUAGUAUUGGCAAGAUGUGUAUUUAAAAUGGAACGCCAGCGACUAUGGAGGAAUCACAAAAAUCCAUCUCAGCCCAACUCGGAUUUGGAAGCCUGAUUUGACACUUUAUAACAAGUAAGUCAAACCGUUAAGUUUGGUCAGUCAAGAAGGCAAUAUUUGCCAGAAAACAAUCCCACUGUCUUACAAAUACAAUAUUUCUCCGAAUUUUUGGGGGAAACAUUUUUGCUUCUCGGACAGGAAAGAUCUGUUCGGCAAUGAUGUCCAAGAGGGUCAGAUAUAAAAUAGGAUCAGGUCAAUAUUUUCAGACGAUUCCACAUGCAACAAUGCGUGUUUCCUAUUUUAGAAUGGUCGGCCAGUGUCGGCAGUGACGACAACAGCCGAGAACUGCGAACAAUUUUUCGUUUCCCAUGAGAGUUUGAGUUAGCGACUGUAGUUGUAUCUCUGCCGGUUACAGCGCAGUUGUCUCUUUCCUAGUUUCUUCUUGAGCCUAUCGAUUUCCUUCAAUUCUUUUCUAGUGCUAACAAAGAUGGCGCAGCCAUCUACGACCUCUCCUAUCAAGUCAGGGUUAGCUCCGACGGAAGUGCCGCACUGGAUUGCCCUCUCAUCUUGGAAUCAGUAUGCCCAGUCAACAUCGAAUAUUUUCCUUUCGAUACUCAGAAAUGCAUACUCAAGAUCGGUUCUUGGGUUUAUGAUGGCUUGGACCUCGAUCUACAGCUACUAGAGUCUACAAAUGGAAUAAACUUAGCCAAUUUGGAAGCAAAUUCUGUUUGGGAACUAAAAUCAGCGCAUGUCGAAAGACAUUCGGUCAAAUACGAAUGCUGCCCUGCGCCGUAUAUUGAUCUAACCUACACACUGGAAUUUCGACGGAAGCCACUAUACUAUAUAAUGACGAUUGUCUUUCCUUCUGUUCUUCUGUCAUUACUUUCAUGUAUUUCGUUUCUAUUCCCCGCCGACUCGGGAGAACGUCUUUCUCUUGUAAUCUCAGUUCUACUCGGCCUUGUCGUGUUUAUGCUAAUCGUUAACGAACGUACGCCGGUCACCUCCGACGCCACUCCGAUGCUGACGCAAUUCUUUAACUCGAUUGGUGCGAGCACAGUCCUUGCUUUGAUGGCAACUGCCUUUAUACUCCGCUUAAACCACGCAUCCACAUCGGAACCAGUUCCAAAUUUUCUUGCGUGUAUCAGAGACUGUAUCGCUGGCCCACUUUGCAUGAGACGCGAAUCACCAAGGCAACGAGUUGAUGUGAAUUUUGAGGAUAUACUGCUGACCGAGUCACAGGUAUGCAUACACGUAUGUAGAAACGAAAACCUGUUCCCGGUUGAUAUCGACAGGCUUGAACAAGGUUGUGCUGCACCCUAAAGUUCUCGCGCAAUUUUCUUCUACUAGUCCAGCGGAAAAGUAAAAAAUCAUGCACUUUGUGAAGAAAGCACCCAAUUCACAGGAAGUGUAGACUUUAACAUGAUAAUGAAUCUUAGAUAUGAUGGCAUCACCAAAAUUGAUGCUGACGGCUUAAAAUUUAGGAUUUCUUAUAUUCUCUUAUUAAACUCUAUUACUGUUUAAAAUUGUGAAAUUGCAGGUUCACAUAUAGCAAAAAUGACUUGCAUGAUUAGAAAGCUUACAAAAAACUACAUAUAAGACUUUUAAACGGCUGAUUGAUUUUCCAAGCGGUUUUCUAGUUAUUGCUAUUUAAAAACGUGAAAUAGGCAAAAAUCUCGCCAACGUCCUGGACACUAGCCCUAAAGCAUAUUUUCAACCGCUUAUAACUCCAGAGGAGUUGGAAAAUCAAAGUAACUGCUUAAAUGUGUUAUAUACAGUUUUUUUGUAAGCUUUCUAAUGACGCAUGUCAUUUUUGCUAUAUGUGAACCUGCAAUUUCACAAUUUUUAAUUGUAUAAGAGAUUAAUAAGAGAAUAUAAGAAAUCCUAAAUUUUAAGCCGUCAGCAUCAAUUUUGGUGAUGCCUCCAUAUCUAAGAUUCAUUAUCAUGUUAAAGUCUACACUUCCUGCGAAUUUGGUGCUUUCUUCACAAAGUGCAUGAUUUUCUCAAAUAUAUGUACAUAUCCGCUGGACUAUACUCAGUGUCGUAUAUAAACGUGUAGAUGAGUAAGGAAUCGCAUCCACUCGUUCACAUACAUCAGAAAAAGAAAAUCGCAAGCAAACAAAGAAAAGUGACAACUUAUUUUGAGGCCUUCAGGUUUAAGUCUGUCGAUAUCAACUGGAAACAGGCUGUGCGUUUUGACGCGUGUACAUAUAUACACAUCUUGACAAAACAAACAAACAAGCAAGCAAGUAAAGAAGCAAGCAAGCAAGCAAGCAGGCAAACAAACAAACAAACAAACAAACAAACAAACAAACAAACAAACAAACAAACAAACAAACAAACAAACAAACAAACAAACAAACAACAAACAAACAAACAAACAAACAAACAAACAAACAAACAAACAAACAAACAAACAAACAAACAAACAAACAACACAAACAAACAAACAAACAAACAAACAAACAAACAAACAAACAAACAAACAAACAAACAAACAAACAAACAAACAAACAAACAAACAAACAAACAAACAAGCAAGCAAACAAACAAGCAAGCAAUCAAGAAGCAAGGAAGCAAGCAAGCAAACAAGCAAGCAAGAAAGCAAGCAAGCAGGCAAAAGCAAGCAAGUAAGCAAACAAACAAACAAACACAAACUAAAUGUGCAAAUAUGAUUUCCCGUUGAAGGCACGGCAUUAAGGUUACAGGACACCCUUUUUGGCGUUUUGCGGAAAAUCACUACUGCGCGCUCAAUAUCAGUCCGAUUUUCAUCAAAUUUUCACCAAAUGUUCUCCAGUGCAUGCAAAAUAUGGUAAAGUUGUAAAAUUAACAAACAAUAAAAUAAUGUAAGACUUAUUCAGGAAAAUCUUAAAUCGCGGUGCCGUUACGCUUUUGAGUUGUGCUCCUGCUGGUUUUAAGUUAUAUUUAUGAAAAUAUCAUUUUUAUACAGUAAAAUAGUUGUUCUAAAAAAACGUGUUCGGAAAUUUUUGUUUAUUUCGUCAUUCCGCUGAUAUGGCGAUUUCUUUGACGACUGCAAUAUAUUUCUGAAUUGUUUGAGUGAAUUGCUCUUUGUUUUUAAAAUAUACAAAAUUAAAAAAAAGCCGAACACAAUUUUGAAACUGACGUCUUGAGCUAUGUCGUGUGAAAAUGUGAGAAAAAUUGGUUAAAACCCGCAGGGGCACAACUCGUUUGAAAAUCAGUAAUUACCGUAAACAUUUUCGGGAGAAAAUUGAAUUUGAAUAUUACGUUUUCAAUGCUUUUCUUAUUGCAGCGAAAUGUAUUUUAUUAAAUAACUUCGCGAAUUUUCAACAUUUUUCGUUCAAACUUGGUCAGAUAGUAGAACUAGUCUAAUGCUUUCAUGGAAACCAAUAAAAAAAUUUUAGACAAAAUUAACACUCAAAGGUGUUCUGUAACCUUAAUUUAAUCUUUCUUCACAAGGUUACAAGCAAUGGCUAUCAUCGACAUUGGCCUUUAAACAUACGAGAUCUCGUUGGACUGACCUCUUUACGAAAACAACUGGCUGAGGAAAAGAUCUUGACAGAAAUGCAAAAAAUCACAGCACAUUUGGAAGAGGAGAAUGCAGCGAGCAAAAUCAAAGCGGACUGGCACUACACGAUGACAGUGUUUGAUAGAUUCUUCUUCGUGAUUUUCUUUUUCAUUUUCAUAGGGUUCGUUGCUUAUGUCUUUUCGUUUUAG